GGCAUGAGCAGCUUCCUCUUCAUUCUCAUUCUGCAGCUACCUAUUUCACCUUUGGAUCCAGCGAACCACCGUAGCAGAAGCAGAAGAAGCAAUAGCCAUGGGUCACUCCAACGUUUGGAACUCUCACCCCAAGAACUACGGUCCUGGUUCUCGCACCUGCCGUGUGUGUGGAAACCCCCAUGGAUUGAUCAGGAAGUAUGGGCUCAUGUGCUGCAGGCAGUGCUUCCGCAGCAACGCUAAGGAAAUCGGAUUCAUCAAGUACCGCUGAAGGGUUGCAUGGUUGGUCAGAUGCCCACCAUACUAUUUUAGCUUUUUGCAUUAGGGAUUAUGUGAGAAUCUUAAAGGAGUUGUUUAUGGCAAACUAGUUUAUUAUCAGAACUGGAGCAGUGGAACUAUGAAUAUUUUAUUUUAAUAUCAAUUGUUUUUGACUGUCUGGUAUACACCACCUUUUGUUUGAUGCAUUAAUCUUCCUUCGUGCU